AUGUUCCUGACCAGCACCAAGACGUGGAUGUCAUUGUUCCUUGCAUGCAGCACAAUACCCGCUAAGCCAAGCGCCCCCACUUCCAGCCCCGUUAGCGCAAUAGCAGUUUGGGAUCUCAUUUCUCUUCCAACUCUCAUCCUUGCAGAUAUCGUCAUUGUUGGCAACCCCGUCAUGUCUCGCGCGAUCACUAAGCGCGACGCUGCCACUGAUGUCCAUAUGGCUAAUCGCUACCUUUGCACGGUCUUGCUGCGAGCAUGGUCUGGACUCGGAGUAUCAUCUACGGGGCAAAAUGAGGGGACGCCUUACCACAGUGACAGCCCCAUUUCUUUCACCGACUUCAAAAUCGACUAUGCCUUUACUGAUAUGGUCGACGGUGCAAUUGCUGCACUUUUUGAGAUAGUUGCUGAGGUGGCAAAUGGAAAAAUGCAGCUGUCAGUGACCUGGACUGAGGGGUUCAGCAUCCAUGGCGGAAUAUUUGAGAAAUCUAAAUUUGCUAGCUUUGCUUAUGAUUUUCCUCCAAAUGAGUCAAGCAACCUCUGUCUCAAGAUGACUUCACAUACCAUAUAG